AUGGCUGCCUGUGCCACUCACUUCAUUGACGGGCGUGAAGCGUCCCACUACGCCGACAAGGCAGUGGCAGACGACCUGGCACAGGGUUUUGAUCUUGUGGGGCAUUUGGACCUUCCGGCAGGCUGGUCCACCGACUUUCGUCCAGCAUUCCUUUCCCUGAAGGACCUGUCCCAACUGACACAGGAGACCAACCACCAGGUCAUCAAGGAAGUUGAGGACUCAUCUCAGUUCCUGGAAGAACUGUGGCAGAAAAGUCUCGAUGAAGUAUCAAAAGGCUGGUCGGAAGGACCUUUCCGAGAACAGGACCUGCCACAAGGAGCUGUAAUCAGCAAACGUUUUGCAAUCCAGCAAGGGAACAAGGUCAGGCCGAUCGACGACCUGUCCCAGAGCCACAUCAACGAGGCACUCAACAUGGCUUACGUGGCUGUCAAGGACCCCAGUUCGGGGGAGGUUCGCUUCUUCAGGCUUCUUUGCCUUCCAUUCGGCGCCGUGGCGGCGGUCCAUGCGUUCAUCAGGGUCAGCUUGGCUAUUUGUCAUAUAGGAAACACGUUUUGGCACUUGCCUUGGAGCUCGUUUUACGAUGACUUCACGUUGUUGUCAACACGACAGCUGGCCACUAGCGCAGAGGCCAGUGCAUGUUUUCUGCUAGACUUGCUCGGCUUUGAGUUUGACAGAGACGGAGACAAGGCUGCGCCGUUCCAGGAGGUCUUCAGAUCUUUGGGGGUCGAAUUUGACCUUACAGACAGCAACAAGCAGAUAUUUAGGAUCCAGAAUACAGCAGAGCGGACCAAAAGUCUCGUUGAAGACCUGGCAGCCUUUCAGGAGCAAGGAGCCUCAAGCCCUAAGACCUGGAAUCGACUGAGGGGAAGGCUGCACUUUGUGGCGGGCCAACUCUCUGGGCGCUUGCCAAAAACCAAGCCUCCCUUUGCGCAGCACUGCAGGGGCUACGACAUUACAUAG